AUAUAAUGGUUGGUCGUGUCAACUUGUUCAUCUGUUACGUAUAAAUCUCAGCUGCGACUAAGAACAAUCGUCAUUAAAACGAGAGUGAAUGAUAUACAAUGGCAUUAAUGAGAUGCAUUUUCGUUUUGUUGUUGAUGGAGUCUUUAUCAUUUUGUGAUUGUUCUGAUUCAGAGCCACCUGGUGAGGGAAGAAACUCGUCAACACCAGUUUCUAAUUCCCUUGAUAAUUUUUCAGAGAAGGACUAUUCUUCAUAUUCCUGGUCAGUUUCUUACGUUAUGUCAAGGUAUGUCAUUGACUCCCACCACUUGAAUCUUCCUAAAUACAGUGCUGUGAUGGUGAAAUUCAAAUCAGUCAGCGACUUCGCAAACCCGAUGUUAAAGAUAAAUAAAUACUAUAAGUACAUGAUCUCUACCUCUUAAACCUUGGAUUUUAAUUUUUUGUUCAAGCUAUCAAAAACGAAUUACCCUCUGCCAUUACUUCACUCUACCGAAAACACUGACAUUCACACAUAUCCUACAAGACAAGCUAUUCAAAAUCAAUAUCACCCCUUCUAACUAUAGAACUAUACUUGCACAAAAAACCUUUAAUUUAUACAGGUCCUAACUACAACAAAAAACACUCUAAAAAAUAUUGCUCCGUGAGGGUAAUUAUGUGUCCAAUCAGCAUUGGGCAUUUUUGGGGGGCCUUUUUAAUUAUCCAGUGUGAUGAAAAUUUUGCCCAUUCUAAAGUAAUUGCUGGUUAUUUUUUCCCCUUACUGGACAAUAUGUUUCCCGCAUUGUGUAAAAUACUGCCCCAAAUUGGUUGGACACUUAAUUACCCUCGUGCUGGUUAAAAUUUUACCCAAUAUUUUUCACAGUGAACAACAACCGACCCCCGUUAUAAAAAACGGGGACACGACAUUUGCUCCGCGCUUUAUUUUGUCUAGGGUUGCGAUAGGGUUUUAUGUUAGGUUUAGAAUUAUGUAUAGGAUAGGGUGUAGUGUUAAAUCCAGGGUUUAAGUUGGUCAUACCAUUAAUGUGUGAACUUUGCAGCGGAGCAAUUGUCGCUGGAGCAAAUGUCAUGUAAUCCCCCAAAGACACCUGAAGCCUUCAUGAGUGCCUUUCAUAAAACAUGCGAAUUCUCUAUUUUUCACGAUACUUUGACUCUCGAUCCUGUUUCUCUUUCCCAUUCUAAAUUUAUGAUGGACACGAUACUUGAUUUCCUUUAUUUUACCACUUUCUUCCUUUCUUUUAAUUUGUUAUAUUACUGUUUUUGUUUUGUUCUUUUUUGUUGUUUUUCCCCUCUGUUUGCAAAAAAAAAUUUCGUUAUAUAAUUAUGGUCGUAUUUACCCUACCCUGUUUUUGAUUACCUAUGAUCACAAUUUAUUUCCAUAGGGGCUUACCAAUACAAGCUCUGCUUUUUGAUAAGUCCCUUAUUUUUCAUUUACAUAUGUUAAAUAAUUAUCUAAUUAUCGAAGAGUAUAUUGAAACUACGACUUCUUCAUUUAACGAUCACUUUCCUAUAAUAUUAUUUGUAACUGAAGUAUCUUUAAUGUGCUCUGUAUAUAAGGUAUUUAUAUGAUUGUUAUGUUAAUUAUCUGAAAAUAAAAAUUUAAUAAAUUGAAAUUGAAUCGAAUUACAUAAUCUUGUUGAAAAAGACUUGACAUAUUUGUCCUUUCUUUGCCCUUAAUUUAUAGAUUUAAAUGAAAUCACAUCCUACAUCUGUCCUGUUGAUUCUGACAAGUGUGUUAUUUUCACUUACUACAUAGUAGAAUGUAAUAUAAAUCAAGUAAUGUUCGGACCCACUUUGAUGUGUUUCUGUACUGCAAGCUGUAUUUUCUUCGACGACUGUUGCCAUGGAUACCCAAACAACCCCAAAGAGCCUUACGCCGUGAUUAUUGAACGCCAGUAUUGGGGUUGUACCCGAUUUGCAAUUGGUCUGGCACAUAACACUUCUUGUAACUAUACUUACUUUGUUGUGAAUAGAUGUCCAAACUCAGGUGCGACUGACCCCCAGUUGAAACAUAGAUGUGAGAACCCUCGAGCAAACGAUACAGUCUUCGUUGAUUCUCAGACUCUCUUCUAUCGCAACAGGUAUUGCGCUCUCUGCCAUGGCAUCAACCCGUCCGAACUUACCCCUUAUAUAAUAUUUUAUCCGUGUCAGGACAAUCUACCAAAUGAGGACACGUUUUGUGGACAGAUCCCCUAUAAGCUCAACGGAGUGGCGUGGCGGAAGCCGCGUCUGUGUAUUGAGGAUUCAGACAUCAUAUCACGAUGUGAUUCAAAAAUAAGAAACCAAAGCUUACAUUCACUCUGUUUGAGCGAAAGCGAACGAAGAGUGUGGGUCGCUAAGGUCAAUGGAAUUAACUUUGCCGACGGUAAUAUUUACAGGAACGUUUACUGUGCAAUGUGCAAUGGGUUAAAUGGGGAAAAGGUCAUCAACAUAACUAAAACAUGCGACACGCAUAAAACCGUAGAUAAACUUUAUAAAAUUUCCUACUAUUAUCCGGAGCUGCAAUGUUCCAAUGGCCUCCAGUUAUCUGGAACAGAAUGCGUCCCGGAAGUAAGCUCUUGGCCAGAUUGCGAGACCAGCGAUUUCAUCUUUGCUGUUGUCUCUAAUGGGUCUUCGCAGUGCUACAAAGGCUUCGACGGCUUCAAAACUAUGAGCAAUGAUAGGAAUUUGGAUAAACCCGAAAUAUCGAACUAUGAUUUCGUGUACGACCUCCACGGUGCGAUGUCGUUCACCACAUUCUUAAAGUUUCCAGCUGAUUUCCUACCACACCGAAGCAAAGUUAAAGAAUUGGUUGGAAAUAGCUUUGAGGAAAUACAUGACAUGAGUUGUCCCGAUAACACAAUUAUCAUCCGGGAAAGAUGCAACAUUGUCUCUGAGCAAUGGAUGGAUAAUAGUGGUAAUCUGUCAGACAUCACAGACGACCCGCGACUUUUUGAACCAGUGGAAAUCAACAGCACACUUUACAUCGUGUAUGAUGAGACUACUUUCAUUCGACCGGUUUUGUGGGAAAAUUACACUUAUUUUACACGUUUCUCAGAUGAGUGGAAUUUCACCAAACAGCUUUCAUUCUCGCUAUAUGGACAUUUCGUUGACAUACAAACGUGUGCAUCUAUCGUUGUUGGAGAUGCUUUUAUCACCGAAAAUGAAAUCGACGAUGUUACUGUGUUGAUAUACCAAGGCAUCGAGUUUCAUCCGGAUAAGUACACCCGUUACAAAAAUGGAUCUGUCCGUCUCUGCUGGACCAGUUCCGAUCCUCCAGAACCUGUCAGCAUGUUCAAUUUCUCCAGAGGACAGUAUCUUCUGAACGUCAUCCUCCUUGUAGUGUCCACCAUCUGUCUCCUGGUGGCUUUGAUCACAUACUGUAUCUUCAAGCCUCUUAGGAACCUUCAAGGCAUAUCCAUUAUGAACUUCAUCACUGCUCUCUUUAUUGCACAGGUAAUGCUCCAAUAUAUUUCUCCAAACAUGCCAUCAUUCCCGAUCCUGUGUACAAUAGCUGCAGUUGUCACUCAUUAUUCCCUCCUUGCCGCCUUCACCUGGACAAACAUCUUGGCAUGGGAUCUUGUUCGUCACUUUGCAUCUUCGUCCUUUUUACCAAAGAGACAUAAGGAGACAAGACGACUGAUCGUCUACCAUACCAUUGGUUGGUGUCUUCCUUUCAUCAUCAUCGUUCCAUGUCUCAUCGUCCAAAGUCAGAACCCAUCACUCUUUCGCUAUGGCAAGAUCGGAUCAUCUUGCUGGAUCUACCAGGCGAUGGGUAUCGUUCUGACAUUCCUGGUACCUAUUGCUAUCAGCUUCCUCGUCAACUUUGUUCUCUUCUUGUUGACUACCUACGGUGUUCACAAGAGCAAGUGUGAUUCUAGUAUGCUCCAUGAAGGUGCCAAGGAACGACGACAGGAACUCUUUCAGGAACUCCUGGUUCACUUCAAGAUAUCCUGUCUGCUUGGUUUUGGAUGGUCCUUUGGUUUCAUUGCUUCAUUUACCGAUUCUGCUGCUGUCUGGACCAUCUUCAUCCUCACCAGCUCUCUUCAAGGGAUAUUCGUUUUCAUCUUCUUCGGCGCUAAUCAACGAGUAAGGGAUCUCUGGCGAAACAAGGUUUGCGGAUCGGCAGCACAAACAAGAUCUUCAACUACAUUAACAUCUUCUACAAAUGUGGGAUCAAAGACAAAGAGUAAUGAGAGUAAAAUAAAGACUACGACCUCCUGUUCGACUACGGGUGUAUAAGACUUCUUAGGCAUGUCACCUAUGAUAUUUUUAGCGACUCCGCUCCGUAGUUGCUUGAGGCAUUAGGGCAUUUUUUCAAUUACUAUGCCGACGCUUCCUGUGACGCAGAAAAUGUUUUGCCAACAGCUCUUCAAUGACGAAACGACCCUUGUCGAAAACCGGUGAAUCAAAACAGCGGUGUCGUCCUGGACUAUGGACAAACUACAUAUUUGCAAUUUUCGUCUGGUCCGAAUCUUCGGACGAUCUGCUCACCUGGUCCACCGAGGCUUUCGACAAAAACCUCUCAGCUGUCCAUUGUGAUUUGACUUGCGUUGCAGAGAGCGUCUGCUUUGUGAUUGCGAAAACACGUUUUUGUCCUGGAAACGAUCACAACUGCUGUCUCAUUGAAAUUCAAAUUCUCUUAAUCUUAACGUAGCAAGAGAAUAUUCACAUUUUGUGUAUUAUGGAUACCUCUCAAGAUAUUUUGCAGUUCGUUAGUAAUAUGCAGCAUUUACAUAUCGCUUGAUACAAUUCUUCUAAGCGCUGCAUACUAUUCUGUGCUUCCGAUCCCUUUCUGCUCCCUUUAUCCUUUUCAUCUCUUUCUCUCACACAGUUUUCUCAUUGUAUUUCCCACUUGUCCCCCCCUCUCUCUUCUCCAUUUCUAUUGUUUUACUUCUAUACUCUUAAUUUCAUGAAGUAUAAAUCUCGUAAUCAUUCUUUCAUUUUGUUUUCAUUGUAAUUCGAUUCUUAUCCUGUAGUUCGUAUACUUACAUAUUGUUCAUUAUUAUGCUUUCAAAUCAUAUUGUUUGUUUUGUACUUCAAUAAACUGUUCGCAGGUUGACCCAUUUAUUGUACUGUUUGUAGAUUUUAUCGUUAAAUGAAUGAUAAUUAAGAAUGCAUAAUUUUUACUACCAUGAAUAAUAUAAUUUGAACAAAAAACUGCGGUAGUCAAUAGUGAACUGUUACACUGGAUAGUUAUUCGAUCUCAAUAACCAUUCAUCAGCGUUUCAUAAUUUCUUUGAGAAAUAGAACUAAAUAUUUUGUUAGUGUGUCGGGUUUUCGAAAAAGUUUAAGAUAUUUCGUUUAAUACCAUGGUCCAUGUUUAAUACGAACGAUUAGGUAAUGAUAAACAUUAUAAUUUUUUCAAUGAGAUAUGUCGUUAAUGCUGUAGGAACUCCAUGAUAAAGGUGAAGAGAGAGAGAGAGAGAGAGAGAGAGAGAGAGAGAACGAUUAUAGAAAUAAAGUUUGUGACUUACAUUAUUUUUAAUUGUGUUAUAUGUUUUUUUUUUCAGUAAUGAUGAUAUCAAUAAGAGUAUUUGAAUAAUGAUUAAACUAUUAUUAUUACGAGUAGGAGAAUUGGGAGCAUUGUGUUGCUGUUAUUGUUAAUUAUUGUAGCUUUAAUUAUUUUAUCAUUAAUAUCAUUAUUAUAUAUGGAGGAAUAGAAAUAUUGUCAUUACAAUUACUGCUAUCAAUUAUUGUUAUCAUUGUUCGUAGUUCUGUAACUAAAUUUACAUUUAUCACUAUUCCCAUUAUUAUUGAUUUAUAAUUGUUAGUUCAAAUAUUAUGAUUAAUAAUGUUAUCAUUGUUAUCAUAUAUCAUCAUCAUCAUCAUUGUUAUUGUCAUAAUUAGAAUUAUUAGCAUUAUCAUCAAGGUCUUCACAAUUGUCAUUGUUAUCAUUUCUAUUAUGAAUAAAACAAUCGCUGUUCCCAUUUUUCUUAAAAUACC